AUGGCGCGAAACACGCCUACUCCGGUGAAGGAGCUGCGCGCAUCCCUCGGUCCGCUCCCCAAGCACGCGCGGAUAUUCUGCUCCGACGCGUGCCUGCGCCGAUACCUGCGCGCGCGCAACUGGCACGUGCAGCGCGCCGAGCGCAUGCUGCGCAACACGCUCAAGUGGCGCGACCAGUGCCGCCCGGAGGAGAUUCGAUGGGUACUGCUUAACAUCAUUCCUUCCCGCCAUCCACUUGUUCCCGCCAUCCGCUUGUUCCCGCCAUUCACUUUUUCCCGCCAUCCACAUUUCUUCACACCAAACAAACGUCCAAAUCAUGCCACCCGUCAUGGCGGUGUUGGGUGUCCAAUUUUCCCUUCUCCGUUUGCCACCGCCCCACUCCCUUGUGCACUUCCCCCUUCCUUCCGCAUCAUCCGCAUCUGGUGCAUGAACGUGCGUUUUGUGGGCCGUGUGCUGAACGCAACUGCAUCCUUUUGCGCGAUUGCAGGCUGA